AUGCGGAGCUCGAGUCAAUGCGACUUCGUGGAGUGUUUCGUGCAACCAAGUUUGCCCAACGGACAGCGUGCCAUUGGUACCAAGUGGAUCUUCAUGAUCAAGCGUAAAGCGGACGGAUCCAUCGAGAAGUACAAGGCACGUCUCGUGGCAAAGGGUUUUCGCCAGAAGUAUGGAAUCGACUACACGGAGACGUUUUCGCCCGUGGUCAAGUAUGUGACGCUGAGAAUGGUGAUCGCAAUUUCCAAGCAUUUUGGAUGGCCCAUCGACCAGCUUGAUGUGGUGACAGCUUUCCUGUAUGGCGUCAUGAAGGAACAAGUGUUCUGCGUGAUUCCUGAAGGCGUCGAACUUGACAUGUCAGGCUUCGACCCAUGUCUCUACAUCAAGACAUCGGACGGCCAUUGCGUGUUUAUACUGGUCUACGUGGACGACGUCUUGGUGACUGGAAGCUCGCUCGAGCUGAUUGCACAAACCAAGAACGACCUGAAGACCCGGUUCGAGAUGACGGACAGCGGCAAGUGUGCGUUUCGUCGGUAUGUCGAUGAUAUCCUCAAGCGCUUUGGCAUGGAUGAUUGCAAGGCAGUCGCAAGUCCAGUCGACAUGAGCUCUCGACUUGUUUCAAGUGAUGCAACUACCAAGGUCGAUGCUCCUUUUCGCGAAGCUGUUGGUGCGUUGAUGCACCUGACCACUGCAACGCGUCCGGACAUUGCGUUUGCUGUGAGCUAUGUGUCGCGGUUCAUGGAAAAUCCCCAAGAAGAACACUGGGUUGCAGUUAAGCGUAUCUUUCGCUACCUACAAGGCACUAAGACGCAUGGAAUUUGCUACAAGCCAAGUGCAAGGAUCGACUUCCGUGGAUAUUCGGAUGCGGAUUGGGCUGGUGAUCUUACCGACCGCAAGUCAACAUCGGGGUACACGUUCAUGCUACUCGGUGCGCCAGUGAGUUGGGGCAGCAAGAAAGAUCCAAGUGUUUCGUUGUCCACGACUGAAGCUGAAUACAUCGCACUCAGCUUGGCGAUUCAAGAGGGCAAGUGGAUUCAUCGUCUGCUUUGUGAGAUCGUGAUGGCUGCCAAUGAAGAAGGACCGGAACUCAUGAUUCAUGAAGACAAUCAGUCAUGUAUCAAGAUGACGAAGAACCCGGUCAAUCACGGCCGUGCCAAGCACAUUGAUAUCAAGUACCAUCACAUCCGUGAUGAGGUCAAGCGCGGUGAAGUGAAGCUCAAGUAUUGUGAAACUGCGGUGAUGUUAGCGGACAUCAUGACGAAGGGACUUCAUGGACCACGCCACAAGGAGAUGACGACGGCUCUCGGGAUUCGUGAGCAUUCGGAUUGA